AGCAUAAUCAUCGCCUUACAACAAUCAUCAAAUAAAGAAAAAUGUCAGCAAUGAAGGAGCUCAUAUUUAUAACAUUAAUGUUCGUAGCUUCAAUCCAAUGUGUAGCAAUCAAAAGUGAGCAAUCACAUGGCGAGCAUGGAAAAGGCAAAGCUGGAUCUCAUUUGGGAUUUUUCGGUUCACGCGGUAAGCGGAGCGUAAACACAGAUCUACCAUCAUCCCUUCAGCCGAUGGAAGCAAACGGACAUGAGGAUGAUAAUUUGAGAGAAUGGCCUGCAUUACGUGAGUCUUUAUAUAAUUUCGAGCGAAGUAUUCGAGCACCAAAAGGAUUUUUUGCAUUGCGUGGCAAGAAGGAUUUCCUUAACGAAGAGAAAAGAGCACUUUUGGGAGUUCAACAGAACUUUAAUGGACUUCGUGAUAGACCAAGAUUCACUGAAGCUCAAAUGGAUGAAGACGAAUUCCAGCCAUUUAAUCCAAAACGAGCACCAAUGCAGGCAUUUUAUGGAGUACGAGGCAAGAAGUUUGGAGAUUACGAUUUGAGUGGAAGUUUCAAUGAGAAGCGUGCACCAAAAGGAUUCCUUGGAAUGCGUGGAAAGAAGAGUGGAGACAAUAUAGACGAGGAGAUUGUUGAUGAGCAGCAACUACAACCAUUUGACUAUAAUAGCCUCUAUGAAAAUAAACGAGUACCGAGUGGCUUUAUGGGCGUGCGAGGCAAAAAGGAUUCUUAAAUUAGUAUGGC